GACUGUGAGAAAAGAGCGAUACGGGUGCGUUCUUGGCAGACAGAUUGUUUGUUCCUCUUCUCUUGAAAAAAUGGCCGCGGUACUGGAUGAGGUCGGCAAGUCCGCCGAGAAACUGGUAGACGACGAGAAAGAAGAAGUUCUCGACGACGAGGAUGAAUCGGGACCUGCAGAGGCCACAAAAAAGAAGAAAAAAAAGAAAAAGAAAAAGAAGACCGCAGCAGCCAAUGAUGCAACACCUGAAGAAGAAGAAAAUGGGAAAAUAGAAGAGAAUGGAGCUCUAGAAGGUACACCUGUUGCAACAGCUAAUGAGAAUGGCGGUGAAAAUGAAGAAGCAAAGAAAAAAAAGAAAAAACGCAAGCCACGUGGCAAAGGUGCAAAACAACAAACCGAUCCUCCUACUAUUCCAAUCUCUGAACUGUUUCCGGAUGGCAAUUUCCCUGAGGGACAAAUAAUGGAGCAUCCUUCGGCUGCUGGAGUGGACGACAGAACAGCCAAAGAUAGAUUUUCAAGUGAGGAAGCUCGAGCUCUCGACAGAUCUCAAAAUGAUAUUUACAUGGAGGCAAGACAAGCGGCCGAAGCUCAUCGUCAAACGAGAAAACACAUCAUGAACUGGGUGAAGCCAGGAAUGACGAUGAUCGAAAUUUGCGAAGAGCUCGAAAACACAGCAAGAAAAUUAAUCGGUGAGGAAGGUUUAAAAGCAGGAUUGGCGUUUCCAACUGGUUGUUCGCGCAAUCAUUGUGCCGCUCACUAUACGCCGAACGCUGGUGAUCCGACGGUACUCUUAUACGACGAUGUUACGAAAAUCGAUUUCGGCACACACAUAAAUGGGCGUAUAAUAGAUUGCGCGUUUACUUUAACGUUUAAUCCAAAAUACGACAAGUUGAUUGAGGCGGUGCGAGACGCGACAAAUACAGGAAUCAAAGCAGCUGGAAUCGACGUUCAACUCUGUGAUGUUGGCGCAGCCAUCCAAGAAGUCAUGGAAUCGUAUGAGGUUGAAAUCGAUGGAAAAACCUAUCAAGUUAAAUCCAUAAGAAAUCUCAAUGGUCACUCUAUAUCACCUUAUCGAAUUCAUGCUGGAAAAACUGUGCCAAUAGUUCGAGGUGGCGAAGCAACCCGAAUGGAAGAAAAUGAAUUUUAUGCUAUUGAAACUUUUGGCUCUACCGGAAAAGGCAUUGUUCAUGAUGAUUCCGAUUGUUCUCAUUAUAUGAAGAGUUUUGACGCUGGUUACGUUCCACUCAGACUGCAGAGCAGCAAAUCACUGUUGAACACGAUCAACAAGAAUUUCAGUACAUUGGCUUUCUGCAAACGUUGGUUAGAUCGCAUCGGUUGCACGAAAUAUCAAAUGGCAUUGAAGGAUCUUUGCGACAAACAAGCAGUCGAGGCAUAUCCACCAUUGGUUGACGUCAAAGGAUGUUACACCGCCCAAUUCGAGCAUACCCUGGUGUUACGUCCCACCUGCAAAGAAGUCAUUUCGCGUGGUGAUGAUUAUUGAAAAUGAUAUUGAAACUUUUGCAUCGGUUCAAGGCCAUUCGGUUUUUCUUUUUUUAUUAUCGUUCAAUUUCGUUGUUGCGAGAAGCCUAUUAUUCUUAAAUUCAUGAAGAAAAAUCCAAACAAAUAGGUUGAGCAAUUUUCUGAAGUUGAAAUUUGGAAAAAAAGCCUGAAAAAUGGUUUUAAAAAAACUAAUAAUUUCGUUGCCAUCGAACGAUGUAAUUUUUGACGUCAUUAUUGAAUCGUCUGCAAAUUCAAUCGGCCGGGAAUAGAAAGGCUGCACGUCGUGCUUCAACCCCGACUUUGAAGCUAAAGCUUGAUCAAUUUCUCUCGAUUGUAAUUAGUGUUCAAUCGAAAAGUCGAAUUCGAAAAGACGAUGCAGGAAAUUACGGCUCGUAAAAUCAAGUGUUCCUGAUUAUACGAUCAACCAACAGAGAAAGCGAUAAAUCACUGUUUCAUCAAAGUAAUUAAAAGAAAAAAAUGUCAUUCCCGCUAACUUUCUCGAUCGCGUGAAAUUCCUUUGAGUGUUAUUUUCUGUUUUUGAUUUCGAAAAAUAUUCAUACAUUUUUUCCGAACGAACAAUUUUUUCACCAGUAUCUGAAAUUUCUCGAAGAAUUUUUUAUCAUCUUUAGUUUCUCUUCGCCAUUUAUAAUAGACUUACCUGUGCAACGUUUCAUUUUUAAUGUUUUAACAUUUUUUUCUCUUCGUUGUUUUUCUUUAUUGAUCAUUGAGGAAGACUUGGAGGACUAAUAUUAAUGUUAAAUAAAAUAUAUUCGGAAUUUUUAUUUUCUUACACUGAGAUGAUCCCCAUUGUUCCCCCUUGUAGAAGUACAAUGGAAAAAAAAAAACAACAAAUAUUGUGAUUAGAGAAUUGAUAAUUAUUCGAAA